GUUAGUACAGAAACGAAGCGUUUAAUCAUUGUUCAGCAACGAUUGUUUCGUCAAAAAUGAGAGUUUUGCCAAUGAAAACAUUGUUUAAAUUAUGUGUAUUAUACGGGCAAGAGAUCCUCGGAAAUUCAAUUUAAUCGCGGCUGGUCAUUCAUUUAUAGUGACUUUACCACACAGAGGCAUUCAUUAACCAGGGCACUGGAAACAGCUAUGCAUAAUUGAUAGAUACUUAAAUCUAGUAUUUAACAACUAAUACACUGAGGAAAAGGACCGUGUUAGUGCUUAAUAAGUACAGUUUUGGAGGCUCGUGAUUACAGCGCCGCCAGGCAGGCAUGUGCAGAGAGGAUUUUGCAGAAAAUGAGGAUUGGACGUGAGCUACGUGCGCAUCCAGGGGUAGACGAGAUGACAUGGAGAGGCUGGAAAAUACGGACCUUUUAAAAGCACACAGAACCGAGAAUAUCUGUUCAGCGCCAGAGAAAGUCACGAAUGGCUGUUGUGAGCCUCAUGCGGUGAGUAAAAUGGGUCUGAACGCCACCACUGCGGAGGAGCUGCUGGCAGGUCAGGCGUCCAGAUCGGAAUCCGGUAUUACGGUUCUGAAGAACGAGUCUAAAAGCGGUUUGCCGUUGUACAACGGCGAAGGACGAGUGUCCAAGGCUGCUACUAAUGAAGGAAGUUAUCAUGAUGUUCCAGUGCAGAAGCACAGUGGGUAUUCACAUCUGAAUGGACUGCUGGAAACCCCCAAUGGGGGUCUCACACAUAUGGGACAUGCAGACAGGACUCUAUUGCUUGGGAAAAGAUCUUGUGGAGAUGUUAGAUUCAGACACCUGCAUCAUCAGAGGAGAAGAGAUGAGGAAAACCGUGACUCAGGUUUGGGGGCUAUUGGUGGUGGUCUUGGAAUGGGGGCCGGAUCCAGCGGUACUUCGGAAACAUCCCAUGUACCGGACACUGCUUGCCCUCAGCUUGAAUGCAAAAGAAGGAGGCUUGAAACAGACCUCAAAACAGACACAAGCAAAAGCACAUGGACGAUUGCGCCCCUUGCAGCCAAUCACCAACACAAAAACUGCAGUGUGACGAGCCCUGUAUCCUCUUCUAGUUGGGUUCACCACAAUGGGCAUAAAGUUGCAAUGAACCAUGCACCAGGUCAGGCCAAGCAGGCUGAGGUGCAGUCUGUGACCACCAGUGCAGGAUGGUCUCAGCAGUACUUAGUGCCCUGUAUGAAGUUAUAUGGCAUUUGUGUUAAAGAUGGCUUCCUGGGCUCUCGUCUUGGGGAUAAGGUUCUGGAGGAAGUGGAGACUCUAAAUCAUAGUGGGAAGUUUCGUGGCGGGCAGCUGGUGAGCCAAAAGAGCAUCCCCUCCAAGAACAUCCGUGGAGACCAGAUAGCCUGGGUUGAAGGCAACGAGCCAGGCUGCGAAAAUAUCGGUGGCCUCAUGGCUCACAUUGAUGAGGCCAUAAUGCGCAGUGCAACCAAUGGACAGCUGGGUGACUAUGUCAUCAAUGGCCGCACCAAGGCUAUGGUGGCGUGUUAUCCUGGUAAUGGAACAGGAUAUGUGCGGCAUGUGGACAAUCCUAACGGCGAUGGACGGUGCAUAACCUGCAUCUACUACCUGAACAAAGACUGGGAUGUGAAGGUUAACGGAGGUUUAUUGCAGAUCUACCCUGAGGGUCGUAGUGAUGUGGCAAACAUUGAGCCUCUAUUUGAUCGUUUGCUCAUUUUCUGGUCAGACCGCCGGAACCCACAUGAGGUGAAACCAGCUUUUGCAACACGCUACGCUAUCACUGUUUGGUACUUUGAUGCAAAAGAAAGAGCAGAAGCCAAGGAGAAGUACAGACUGGCUACAGGACAGAAAGGAGUUCAAGUGCCUGUCACUCAGAGCAACAUGACCUGAAUCGCAGCCAGCUGAGGGAGCACUCAAGUGCGUCCUGUUCUUGUGGAUGUCAACCUACUGAGCUACAUGAUUGGCCAUUUCAAGAGGAGAUGCAGGAAGCACAACAAACAUGCCUCUGUGGCAUCAAACACCCAAUUGUAGACAUCUCCUUUGAUUUGAUUGGUCCUCUGAGUGCACAAAAGAGUUUUUGAAUGAAGACCACUAACAGAGGUGUCUGUCAAACUUGGGAUGGUCACGACUCUGAAAAGCUGGUGGGAAUUGCCGAUUUUUCUCACCCUGUGGAAAGUCAAUAGCAGAAAUGUCACAGAAUAAGAAGGGACCCAAGUUACUGUAUUGAGCAAUUGCUGUAUUUUCUGUAAUAAGAAUUCAAAUCUCCAAGCUCACUCUUGCUUUUCACAAAUGUACUCCCCUGUGAGUAAGUGGGUUAGAUGAGCUUUUCCAGUGGCCUUUGAGCUAACUCGAAUUGACAGGAAAUGAGGAGGUGAGAUUGAAAGACUCAACGUGUCAUAUCCUGUUUAACUCUGUGAAUGUUUAGCCAGCUUUAUGGGAUAUUUCACCCAAAAAUGAAAAUUCUGUCAUUUACUCACACACACACACGUUGUUCCAACUCUAUCUUUCUUCUGUGGAACACAAAAGGAGAUGUCCUCAGUCACCAUUCACUUUCAUUGUAUGUUUUCCAUAUAAUGAAGUGGUGACUGCAGCUAACAUUCUGCCUAACAUCUCCUUUUGCGUUCCACCAAAAGAAAGUCAUACGAGUUUGGAACAACAUGAGAGUAAGUAAAUGAUGACAGAAUUGUCAUUUUUGCAUGUGCUGUUACUUUAACACUUCUCAAUAGGUCAUGAAUAAUUACCUAUUAAUAGUAACAUAAACAAAUUACAAAUAUAAAAUAUGAAUAAUAACAUAAAAUAACAAACAAUAACAUUGUACAGAACAUUUCAGAAGUGAUCAGAAUCCACAAUGAUUACCUGUUUAUGGCCUGAUAAAUAGGAAACAUUCAGUCAUGAAUUCACUAAGAAUGAAUAGCAUCUGUAAGUGCAGUCUGCUUUGCUUAAGAACUUAUACAUAUCAGUUGAUGCCACAAACACGGCCACAAAUUUUAUGCAAAAUGCAGUUUGCACAAUGCAGUUGGUUCUGAGUGAUAGGUUGUGGAGGAUGCAGAAGACUAUGAUGAUCUGGCAAACUUUACUGGGACUGUACAGCGCCACUCCACCACUGUGAUCCAGACAUUUAAAUCAGCUUUUUUAAAUUGCCAAAGGGCACAUGACUACACCACUCAUCAUUUGAUCAUCAUUUGAUGAAUUGCUGCUGCCAUGAUCGCUCCAAAAUGUAUACUACCGUAACUUUAAAACACAAUUACAAAAAAUAAUGCCUGCUUUCUGUGGCCAGGGAUAACGUCACAAUAAAUGCGGCAGAAAAAUAGACAUUUGUGAAUGUUGCACAAUCUGUGAUGAGCCUAAUUUGCAUAGAAGAGAGGCGUUUUUGCAGAGAAAGAAAUUGUAAUUAACUAGACAUACAUGGCACAGCACUGUAUUUGUGCAAAUAGAUGGUUAAAUUGAUAGUUCAUCCCAAAAUAUGUUACCAUCAGUAGUUUAGCCUAAGUCACCAUUCACGUGCAUCUUUAAUCAGCAAUAUAAAAAGUGAAUGGUGACUAAGGCUAAUAUUCUGUCUGACAUCUUCUUUUGUGCUCCACAGAAUAAAGUCCAACGGGUUUGGAACAACAUUAGGGUGAGUCAGACUAGUCACACUGAAUUUGGUGACAGUUGGUAAAAAUACAAAACACUGCCCCCAGUGGACGAGGCUGGAUGUGGUGAGGUGAAAUGUCCACAGAGGGGCACCAAAAGCGAGUUGUAUCUUUAUUUGUAAAUUAUGUCAUACAGUCAAAACUAACCGAAACCCUAAACCUAAAUGUAAGUGAAGUAGAAAUCCACAUCUCUGAGGCUGUUUGCACAACGUGCUGUCAGUAGAAGACCUUGGCGAUCUGGCCAUAAACACAUUUGAAUAGAUACAAAACUUUUCUGAUGGGGGAUGGCGUUUGUCAACAAUUUGGCGAAAUGGGGUCGAAAUCAGGGUUCAUGAACAUUUCAGCAUGUUGAUUUGCAGUGUGAUCAUGUUGGGUGCAUGCAUGAUGACAGAAUUUUCAUUUUUGGGUGAACUAUAUCUUACAAUUGUGUGACGAAAUACCGCAGUGCCGCAACUGUUUAGCGAGUUUGCCCCAUCUGUUUUCAUCCGGUAGCUAUUUGAAGCCCAUUGCUGCUCCUUAUUUUACAAUCUGCAGGAUGUAUGUGGUGUAGCGCAAAGUUCAAAGCAGGGUGAUUGUGACCAUUUUUUAUCAUGCGUGUGUUUGUGAAAUAAUAAAAAACAAUUUCUUAGCCUCUCUUUAUUGUUUAGCUCUGCCUGUAACAAUAUUUCUCUAUACUACAUAGCCUCUUAGUACUUACAGGCUAUAUAUUGUAUAGUGUAAUACUGCUGCAUGCUAGCUCAGCUUUAAAGAGUCUUUCAUUGUAUAUAGGGAUGCACUUAUGAAAGGGAGAGCUGACAAUCUCCUUUUCACCUCAGAGAGGCGCUAUACAUCAAAAUGGAUGAUUAUAGGGCUCGUUACAAAUGAUGGCAACGUUUCUUAUUAGGUGACCCGGACAAUACAACAACCUCCUUCUACCAAGUGUCCAUUUGUGCACUACCCUUGUGCCUACAGCUCUCCAGAGGGCAUUGCAGGUUCGACUGAAAUUUAAAGGGCUAUGUUUGGAAUAGAAUACUAGCACACUGCACUGUAUACACUGCUAGUUAUACUUUUUUAAAUAGUAUAUUAAACAGGAGGCAUUACGCAAUGAUAAAUAUUUCAAAAAGAGGUAUGCCGAAAGGAUAUCCCACAUUACGUGCAUAUUUAAUUCAGCGAAUGGCAGCCAGUUAUCAUCUCGGAAAUAAUUAUUUUUUAAUUUUUGCAUAUUUUAAAUACAGUUUCUUUUUUUAAUGCGCAGUAUGAUCAAACAUCAUUUCAAAAAUUGUGGCUGAUAUUACGGUUCAUUUGACACACUGCAAAUGUAGGUAAUCCAGGUUAUGCUAUGUAUACAAAUAAUGGGUAUCCUAUGCAAAGUAUACAUACUAUAUACUGCAGUAAUUGUAAGAGCAGUAUGCUAGUAUGCUGUUCUGAACAUAGCCACAGAAUGAGAACUUUCAUAAUGGAAGAUGAGACUUAACGCAAUGAAAAAGCACAGAGCAGAAGAUUAUGAUUUUAUUCAAAAAGAAAACAACUGGACAAUUAUUCUCCAAGCAUAGCACAACAGAUGGAGAGUAUACUGAAGUGUUGACCUGUUCUGUGUUUGUGUGCCAGAAAUGUUGCCAGAGAAGUGAACAGUAAAGCACUUUAUCAUAGAAUGUGUGAUGUUUGAAUGAGAGCGAAUGAAACAAGAAGCUAUGGAAAGAAAAUGCUUUGUGCCGUGUAACAAUAUGAAACCUAAAUCAACUGAUAACAAAAAAGAUGUUUGCUUAACCUUUCUGAGUUUUGCAGUAUUUAAUUAAAAUGUGUCAGAUUU